AUGACAUGCGCCAUGGAAAAUAGGACACAGCAAUGGCUUGAAGAAGAAGAAAAGAGCAUCGCGCAUACAACUAUUGCUUUGGUUGUUCCGAUGGUCUAUGCAUUUUCCUAUAAUACUUUUCGUAUGUUCAAAAGUCGUUUUUUGUUAUUUAAAUGUAAUGUCUGUAAUUGUUCAAGAUACGUACAAAUCAUACGCAUUCAAAUGUUGUGUCUGAAAUUACAAUUCAAAUGUCACCAAAGCAACAGAGAACUCGUUCUCGAUUCAAGGUGAUAACUCCAUUUCGAUCAUUGGUUCUCUGUGGUGAAAGUAGACAAGAAAUGGAAGAUUGGUUGAAUGCAAUAAGAACAGUAACAGAGAAUCGUCCUCAAACAGAUUCUGAUAUUGCCGAAAUGCUAAAUGGUAAUCAUCAUUGGUAUGCAACAAGUCAUGCAAGACCAACAUACUGUAAUGUUUGCAGAGAUGCUCUUUAUGGUGUUACAUCUCAUGGUUUGAGUUGUGAAAUAUGCAAAUAUAAGGUUCACAAACGAUGUAGUAUAAAAGCAAUAAAUAAUUGCAAGUGGACCACAUUGGCAUCCAUUGGUAAGGACAUUAUUGAGGACCAAGAUGGGAACAUUACUAUGCCUCAUCAGUGGAUGGAAGGCAAUUUACCUGUAUCCUCAAAAUGUUCAGUAUGUGAGAAAACUUGUGGCUCUGUACUCAGACUUCAAGAUUGGAGAUGUUUAUGGUGUAGAGCUACAGUACAUACAGCAUGUAGACCUGUCAUAGGUGUUAAAUGUCCAUUAGGACCAGCUAAAUUGAGUGUAGUUCCUCCGACAGCAUUGCAUAGUAUAGGUAGCGAUGAAGCUUGGGAAGCUACUAGACCUAUUGGAUGCAGUCCACUUUUAGUAUUUGUAAAUAGUAAAUCUGGUGACAAUCAAGGUGUUAAAUUUCUUAGAAGAUUCAAACAAUUAUUAAAUCCAGCACAAGUAUUUGAUCUUAUAAAAGGAGGACCAGGACCAGGGUUGAGAUUAUUUCGUCAUUUCGAUCCAUUUCGGAUUUUGGUAUGCAGCGGGGAUGGAUCUGUUGGUUGGGUUCUUUCGGAAAUUGACCGUUUAGGGAUGCAUAAGCAGUGUCAAGUUGGAGUGCUACCUUUGGGAACAGGAAAUGAUUUGGCACGUGUAUUGGGUUGGGGGUCCUCUUGUGAUGAUGAUGCUCAUUUACCCCAAUUGUUAGAAAAAUAUGAAAAGGCGGGCACAAAAAUGCUUGAUCGAUGGAGUAUCAUGACUUUUGAACGUAGCAUAUCUUUACCAUGCCCAAAAAAUGAGUUAAGUCCAUCUAAUACGAUGUUAAAGUCAAACAUUGCUCAUCAAUAUGAGAAUAAUGUUAUUACUCACCUAACAAGCAUUUUGGAGUCAGAUCAGGAAAACGUAGUUAUGUCUAGUAUUAGAAUUCUGUGCGACACAGUAAAAGAUUUUGCAACAUAUAUAAGGGAGAAUGUAAACUCCGAGGACCAACAAAUGGAUGAUAAAUGUAAAAUACUUCAAAACAAGCUUGAUUUAUUGUUACAAACAUUAUGUAAAGAAGAACGUUACUUAACUGAACAUUUAGAAGACGUUGUUAAUAUUACUUUAAAUACUGACAUUUCUGUCUCACCUGAUAGCUAUGAGAAAGGAGUGCUAGAAAAGCCAGAAAAAGACAUAACAAAUUUAAAAAGACUUCAAAGAACAAGGCAACUUACGGAAAAAGAAAGUGUAAUAUCAAGAGCAAAUAGUUUGAAACGGAUAAUAAGACAUCUAGUGGAGUAUGCCCAAGUGGCUAUGGAUGAUCAAAUUAAUACAGACACAAAACAUACUACUAAGAUACCAAAUACAAGUAUUUCAUUAGAUGAUAGUACUGUGUUAAAUUCAAUAUCAAGUAAAAAACAACUGGAUAUUCCUGGUUUAAAAGUGGACCAUGUUGAUAAUUUAUCUAUUGAACCAUUAAUAGAUUCUAUACAAAAUAUAGAUAACUUAACAUGUAAUAGCCCUACUCCUAAUGUAGCUUUUUUAAGUCCGAUACCUGAUCUUAGGAGAGAUUCUCAACCUGAAGAGCUAUUAACAUUACCCGCUCCCGAUGGUUUUGCUGAUAGUAGACGAAACAGUGAAAAUUUACCACAAGCUUCUCUUGAUUUCGAUAUGCCUACAGUUCAGUCUAUGAACAAUCAGCAAGAAAUAGAAAAUCUUGUGUCUAAUGAUCAACAAUUAUCUGAAUCUAAUAACAUAGAAAUUUCUUCAGAUUUUCAAGUUAGUGUUACAAGAACUACCUUUGAUACGAGCUCGCCUUCAGAUGAUGCUACUAUGCAAGAUACUAUCAUUUCUCCUGACACAGAGUCAUUUCAAUCUAGACAUAUAUCCCCAGAACAUACUCAGAAAUUUGAAAAUAGAAUUAAAACUGAUACAAGUAGAGGUAGCUGUAGUAAUAGUAUCAUUAGUACAGAUAGUACAAUUUCUGAUACUUUGGAUUUUAAGAAUUAUAUGAUACGAAAUAGUGAAAGUGAAAUUGCUCGUAUAAAUAGCGACAUAUUUGAUUCUACAAAAAGGUCUGAUAGUUCUGAUAUCGGGCACAUUGAUUCUCCUGAUAAUUCAGACAUACUUCCUAGCGACGUACAAAAUUCUGAAAGUUUAAACGAUGAUUUAAGUUCUCUUGGACAAGAUGUGAAUAGCACAAAUAUUGGAGAAAAAUAUGACUCUGUAAGAGAGGGUCUUGAGCCUGAGCAAAUGGAAAAACCACAGAAAUAUUGUAGCAUAGCUCAGUUCGUUGAAGGCAAUGAUAUCGCUAAACGAUCAUUUAGAAAGCAAACAACAAAGAACUCUGUUAUAGAAACUGAGAAUAAAAGCAAGCAUAACAUAGGAUCAUCUGGACAGAACAGUAAUGAUAUUAACCAAUUAAAAGAUUCUCGAGAUGGCAAAACGUCUGAUUUAUUAAGUCCUGUAUGUUGCUUUAAUGUUUCUUCAGAUACUACUACAACAAAUGAAAAACCUAAUAAUUUUCCACCAUCGAUAAGUGUUAUAAUUAAUCCUCCUAGUCCAUCGGCAUCAAUUGAAAGUCAACAUGAUUCAGACGGGGGAUAUAAAAUGAGUCCGUAUUUAAGACGAUAUAAUGAUGAAAGCAUGGAAAAAUUAAGUGUAGAGCUACCAGAAUCAGGUUUUUCUCCGCAAGCAACUCGACGAAUUAGCAGUGGAAGUUUGAUAAAAGCAUCAGAAGUAGUAUCUUUAGCUGCUACAGCUGCAAGAUUUGAUGGUUCCAAUGCAAGUUUACGCCAUGAAAGAGUAAAAUCUGUUGACAAAACUGAAGAUGUUAAAAAACUUCCAAUUAUUAAUCCUUUAGUUCAGUUACCUAUGUGGCCAAAUGUCAGUGGAGGAACAGGUCUCAUUAGUCAAGCAUUGCUUGCAAAUGCAGAUGCACUUUGUGCAGCAGUGUCACCAUUAAUGGAUCCUGAUGAAACUUUGAUGGAAGGUUACUUUGAACGUUGUGUUAUGAACAACUAUUUUGGAAUUGGUAUAGAUGCAAAAAUUAGUCUUGAUUUUCAUCAUAAAAGAGAAGAACAUCCUGAGAAAUGCCGAUCACGGGCAAAGAACUAUAUGUGGUAUGGUGUGUUAGGAUCCAAACAAUUGUUACAAAAAACAUAUAAAAAUCUUGAACAAAGAGUACAAUUAGAAUGUGAUGGUCAACGUAUACCAUUACCGUCUUUACAAGGAAUCGUUGUAUUAAACAUUCCAAGUUUUAUGGGUGGCACAAAUUUUUGGGGAGGCACGAAAGAAGGAGACCUGUUUUUAGCGCCUUCGUUUGACGAUCGCAUAUUAGAAGUUGUGGCUGUGUUUGGUUCUGUUCAAAUGGCUGCAUCACGACUUAUUAAUUUGCAGCAUCAUAGAAUUGCACAGUGUCAAACGGUUCAAAUUAAUAUUUUGGGAGAGGAAGGAGUACCCAUACAAGUUGAUGGUGAGGCAUGGAUUCAGAGGCCCGGUAUUAUACGCAUUAUACAUAAAAAUCGUAUGCAAAUGCUUUACCGAAAUCGAGCAUUGGAAACAUCUUUAAAAACAUGGGAGGAAAAACAACGCAAUACACUUAAUGCAAUAUCCCAUUCAGUGUCUACCAUAAACAGUGCACAAUUACAAUUGCAAUCACAAUCAAAGUCUCAUUUACCAGUAAUCGGUAAACCAUCACAUUUGAACGAAGAAGAAAUGUAUAUUUUACUGGGUUUUAUUGAAGUUGUUACAACUUUAGUUAAAUGGGUGAAGCUUCUUAUUAUAUCACAUCCAAGCUUGGAAGCUGAUUUGUAUCAAGUCGCAGCAAGAACAGCCCAGGCACUUGAACAAGUUCAUCCAGAUGGAAAAAUAUUACAGGGAAACAAUUUAAGGCCGGUUGUAACAGAAUUGGUAUCAAGCGCAAGACAACUUUACGAAGAUUCGUGCGAAUUACUUAGGGAUAAAGCACAUAAUUUGAAAUUACGAGAAGGUUUGGAGAAUAACUUAUCUUUUUCACUGGCCAGUAUGGAACAAGAAUUAAAAAAAUGUACAUUUGAUGAAGGUGGUACGGGAUUAGUAUACUUACAAAAUUUACCAUCAGAUGAACAGGGAGAUAAAAAGAAUCGACACAAAGGUUUGUUUUGGUUAAAAUUCCGACGUUCAGGAGGUAAUUCUGGUGCACACCCUGUUCGGGAACAAGUUACUACAUGGGGAGUACAAGAAGUUUGCACUUGGCUAGAAAGUCUACAGUUGGUUGAAUAUACUGAUAAAUUCGUGUCUCAUGAUAUACGAGGUAGGGAAUUAUUAUCAUUAGCCCGUAGAGAUCUCAAAGAACUUGGUAUUACUAAAGUAGGACACGUUAAAAGAAUCUUGCAAGCUAUUAAUGAUCUAAAUAAUUAGUUAUAUGACACUUAAUUCAAUAUUUCAAAGUAUAAAUCAUACAAUCAAUAGAUAAUAUAUUAUAUUAAUUAAUAAUUAUCUGAAAAUACAGAAUUACCGAGAUACAUUAAUGAUACUACAUUUUUUUGGUGCACAGAAAUCAUUUGAAAGUAGAAAAAUAAGUGGGUAUUUACGCUGUUAUCGCAAACAUUAUGUAAUACUAAAUAUGCAAUAUAAACAAAAUGUAGAUAUUCUGAUAAAAAGGGACACUUACUGUGACGUAACGGUGUUAUAAAAAAAAAAAAAAUUAUUU